AUGAUUGAUAAUCGCAGAGCGCUCGGAUCGGUUACGCGUAAAACGCAUUCAACUCUCUCUCUCUCUCUCUCUCUCGGUGGGUCGCGCCGACGGCGAAAGACCUCUCUCUCGAUAUCUCUCCUCGAAUCGAAAGAUUGUGUUUAUCUGUUCGAUCCUGACUCUGGGCGGCUCUCCUCGACGGAGACGGACAUCAACCUCGGCGGCUCUCCUCCAAUCGAAAGGAAUCCUAUGGAUCACAAUGCUCUUGAUUUGUGCUCUGUGUCUGAAGCUUCAAUGAUGAAGACAAUAAACCAAGUUCAUCGAACAAUGCAAUACAGGUGUAAGCGUGAAGGAGUGGAGUGAAAGAGUUGAAGUCUUGUGUCACAGAUCACUGCAAGCGUGAAGGAGUGGAGUGAAAGAGUUGAAGUCUUGUGUCACAGAUCACUGCAAGCGUGUGAAGGAGUGGAGUGAAAGAGUUGAAGUCUUGUGGUCUUGUCGUGGAGCAGAGCCUUGUAGUCUUGUGGUCUUGUGGUCUGAGUCUUGUAGUCUUGUAAUGUUGGAGUCUUGUGUCACACGGUCUUGUAAUCCUGUAGUCUUGUAAUGUUAAGAAUCCUAAAUUAAGAUACUAGCAUUGGAGCAUUAAAAAGAUGGUGUCUUUUAACUAA